AUGACUGAAAGUGCUGAAGCGCUGCAGAGGCGCAUCAACCACGCUAUCGAGAACCAGAUGGUGCCACCCGAAACGAACUACAUCAGUGAGCUGCUUGCCGCCAGCUUGGCUCUGGAUAACUCCAACGAGCAGUUGAGGUUGCUCGAUUACCGAUGGCAAACUUAUCUGGACAAACAGUACGUGCAGUCCCAACGCUUGGACGAGUUUUUGGAAGGGUUAGUGCAGCACCUUCUGAAAAAGAAGCCUGACCGUCCGUUGGAGGAGUUGCUCCUAUACCUCGAAAGUGAAAGAAGGCAGUAG